CGGCGGCGGCGGCGACCGCGGCUCUCGAGCGACGAGCGCGGCAUCCAACGCGUUCGAGGGCCGCCUCCCCGACUCCAUCGCGCACUCCAUCGCACAGCUCGGCUCGCUGGUCUACCUCGCCGCGUCUGGCAACCGGCCCUCCGGCGAGGUACCCGCCUGGCUUGGCGUCCGGCGGCCAGGCGGGAGCUGUCGGUGGAGUUCCAGCAGCUGGUGCAGGGCAUUUGGGCGGUCCCGCUGGACCUGCCAUUCACCAGGUUCAGACGGUGCCUCGCCGCCAGCCGGCGCGGGCGGCGCGCCGUCGCGGGGUCAUCGAGGAGAGGAGGGCCAAGCUGGAGCGCGGGGAGAGCUCGCCGGCCGACGACAUCGUCACCCACAUGCUCUCCAGGGGCCUCCCCGACGAGGAGAUCACGGACAACGUCAUGUUCCUCAUGGUCGCCGCGCACGACACCACCGCCGCCCUCAUCACCUUCCUCCUCCGGCACCUCGACGCGAACAAGGACGCCUACGCCAAAGUUCUCGAGGAGCAACAAGAAAUCGCGCGGAGCAAGAAGCCAGGGGAGGCCCUGUCGUGGGACGACCUCGGCAGGAUGCGCUACACCUGGGCGGCAGCGAUGGAGACGUUGCGGAUGGUCCCGCCGACAGCUCCCACCGCACGGCCGGUCCGAUGAAAUUUCGCCCGGAAUUUCGGCUGAAAUUUUCAAAAAAUUUCUGUGAUUUCAGCCAAAAUUUGUUCAAAUUUGAACGUGAC